GGGCGACCUGCGGUCGCCGGUCCCACGCUUCCGCUAAUAAAGUCCCGCCGCUGCCGUCGUUUUCUUCCUUAAUCGCUCUCGUCUAUUUCUCCACCUCCAAUGGAAAAUUCGUGGAGCUCGACAAGGAACACAGAAGGCAGGAGCGACCUCUGCUACGCGAGACGAUGGGAAAGCCGCUGGAGCACGUCUUCGUAGAUUGAUUUCGCGUGUCCUUUCAGAUUUCAUGCAUCGUGGUGAUUAUUGUGGAAUGACUUGGUUUUCCUGCUUCGAUCUCUACAUCAGUUGUAUUUCUGUUACUAAAGCUACAGACUUGAUUUUGGUUUGAGUUCGGAAGUCCUACUGGAUCUUGUUUAUAAUUGAUUAACAUUUCAAUUCCUUGGGGUUGACUUCUGGAAUUGGGCAACUUUGUAUGAGCUAUAUCUUGCCGAGGAUUACAUUGGUUCUAGUUGGAAGUUUCUUGGAAUCACAUGAUCUGUGAAGGAUUAUGGCACCGGGCACGGAAGUCUCUCCGCCAUUGACUAUGUUGGAUAGAAAUCUCAGAAGCAAAGACAAUGGAUCUUCGCUAGGCGGUGACAAUGGAGAUUCAGAGUCAUCAAAGAUCUCUAAGGGUGCAAGAGUUCAAAAGCCCCCUAGACACCUUUCAGUAAUUCACCAUUCCGCGAGCACUGCCCGCCUGGGCUUCGAUUUGGGGACUCUUGCUUUGAUAUCUCCUGAGCAAGGUAAGACUGCUUUCUUACCUGUGUUCAGGUCAGGCAGUUGCUCGGAGAUUGGGCCAAAGUCGAGAAUGGAGGACGAGCAUAUCUGCAUUGAUAAUUUAGUCAGUCAUUUUGGAGCUUCUGUCAAAUUCCCAUCUCCUGGUGCUUUUUAUGGAGUUUUUGACGGACAUGGAGGAUCUGAUGCAGCUUAUUUUGUGAAAAAUAAUAUCCUCAAGUACAUAAUUGACGACAAGGAUUUCCCUGUCAAUGUGGAUAAGGCAUUAAAGAGUGCAUUUCUGAAAGCUGAUCUUGCUUUGGCCGACUCCCCUUCACUGGAUCUGUCAUCCGGAACUACAGCACUUACUGCACUAAUUUUCGGAAGGUCACUGCUAAUUGCUAAUGCAGGUGAUUGUCGGGCUGUUUUAGGAAAGCAUGGUCGAGCUAUUGAGCUUUCGAGAGACCAUAAACCUAACUGCAAAACUGAACAACUUAGAAUUGAAAAGCUAGGAGGUAGUGUUUUUGAUGGCUAUCUCAAUGGCCAACUAUCUGUAGCAAGGGCUCUUGGUGACUGGCACAUGAAGGGCCCUAAAGGUUCUUCCAAUCCGCUUAUAGCUGAACCAGAGUUGCAGGAGACAAUCUUAACAAAAGAAGACGAAUUUUUGAUAAUGGGCUGCGAUGGCCUUUGGGAUGUUAUGAGCAGCCAAUGUGCAGUGACGAUAACCCGGAAGGAACUUAUGCAACACAAUGAUCCAGAGAAAUGUUCUCGAGAGCUGGUGCGAGAAGCAUUGAAGCGCAACACCUGCGACAACUUGACUGUUGUGGUUGUUUGCUUUUCUUCAGAUCCUCCCCCUAGCAUCGAAAUCCCAAGGACCCGAGUUCGUAGGAGUAUUUCUUUAGAAGGGCUACACGUCCUGAAGGGAGCUCUGGACACUAACAUUUGAUGUUGAUCGUCUGGUGUGGUAGACCUCUAUAGAUUGGAGGCUCUCAACUUUUUUGGCAUCCUCGAUGAAUUAAAUUAUGUUGGCUGCUGAAUGAAUUAAAUAUUAAUCUAUAAUUUUUCUACAAA